GUUCAGGGGGCCAUGGACAGCUGGUACGCGUGGCUGUCGCGGACGGGGCUGGCGCCGUCGCUGGCGCACGAGUACGGGCGCCUCUUCAGCCGGAACAAGCUGGAGCCCCGGGACGCGCCGCACUUCGACCACGACCUGCUCAAGAGCAUGGGCAUCGCCGUCGCCAAGCACCGCCUCGAGAUCCUCAAGCUGGCCAGGAAGCAGGACGCCGGCGCCUCGUCGUCCGCGGCCUCGCGGCUCGGGCGCAGGGCCACCAGGUGCCUGUCCCGGUGCGCGCGCCGGCUGGCAGGAGGCGGCGCGUGGAGGGCCGCGUCGUCGUCGGUCACCGUCGUCCCGAGGAUCUGCGGCGGCGAAGACGCCGUCCGCGUCGGAGCAGUGCAGCGGAAGGGCACUGGUAGCGGCACCACCAAGAAGAUGGUGCUCAUGAUCACCGACGGCGGCGUCGCCGGAGGAGGGUACGGCUACGGCCUCAGAGGCCGUGGCGGCGCGAGGCUGUCGUCGGCGUCGUCGCAGAAGGCGAGUCUGAUGUUUCAUGACGGGUACCAAGACGAGGAGGAGGAGAUGGGAGACGACGAGGACGAGGACGGCGGCGCCGGUGACGGCGACAUCAAGUGGGACUCCAUGUUUCAGGACCUCAAACCCACGUGAGGAUGAAGUUCUCCGAUCUCCAGACUCCGGCUGCUGGAGUUUGAUGUUGCUGCGUGAGUGAGUCGGUCGUCAUGGCUUUGCUUGUGGGCUUCUGGUGUGAGAGAAUUUUAACAACUCUCCUCAUGCUGUCUGUCGUUCUCCCUUCCCUGAGAAGAGAACGUAAUGUCGAAAAUGUGUAUUUUCCUCCACUGGUUUUGCGGUGUUAAAGCUUGAGCAAGAACCAUAGGUGCCUGAUCACUGCAAUUGCAAGACCAUAUUUAAAUGUUGUCGGGGUUUUUU